AUAAAAGUGAUUUUUUCCGGUAUUUUUUCGCCGAUUUUGUAAUGAUUUAGCAAUUAACAGUUGCCAAAUUAUAUUGAAAAAAACUAAAAAUGCGUGUAUGAUACCUAUAACUGUAAAAAUAUGAUUAAUAUAUUCAAAAGUUUCACUUUACACUUGAUUGUAAUGAUGGCAAUUAAAUUUAUAAUUUUACCUUUGCGUAUGUACGAUUAUGUGAUGUCAUAAUACCGUUGAUGAUGCAUUGAAUGCACUUUACAGUUGUAAAAAAAGUAUAUAUGCGUGGGAAUUCAAAUAAAUAUGUAUGGAAAUUUAUUCGUAUAGUGUAGUUUUUAUAUUUGGUAUUUAAAAAUGGCUUUGGCAAGAAUCAGAACUGGCGUAUGGCGAAGAUAUGUACAGCAGAUGGUCAAAAAUACGAGCUUGUUUAAAUCAGGUAAUGCCAUUAAACGCACCGACAGCAAAAGAUUAAACACCUUAAAAGAUUUUUCUAGCGAUAGUAAUGCGGCGGCUACCACAUCUUACCCCAAAUCUAGCAAACCAAGCAAAAUACUUUUUACACCUGGACCCCUGAUGGUCAGCGAACGAGUUAAGCGGGCAAUGGGGAAAGAUAUUGGUUCAAGACAUUCCGAGUUUGAAUAUUUGUUAACCUUCAUUCGAAAAUCACUGGUUCGUUUGGCUGGGGGCAAUGUACAAACACACACAGCUAUUCCAAUGACUGGCAGUGGUACCUUCGCCAUUGAGUCAACUCUUACAACCGCUUUGGCUGGUUCUAAGGGCAAAGUACUAGUAAUGUCAAAUGGCAUGUACGGCGAGCGGAUUGCAAGUUUAUGUAAACAGCAUGGAAUGGCUGCAGAAACGGUUCGGAUGCAUGCGGAGGCGUUGGAACAGCGAUUGCAACAAUCCGAUGAUGUUAUAGCAGUUGUGUCAGUACAUUGCGAGACGACAACUGGAGUUGUGAACCCGGUUUUUGACUUCGGAAAGAUUAUUAAAAAUCACAAUAAAGGUUGUCUUUUUAUCGUGGACGCCAUUUCAAGUUUCGGGGGUGUCCCAUAUGACGUCACGAAUAUUGAUUACGUCAUAGGUAGCUCAUGCAAGUGUUUACAGGGUAUACCAGGUAUUUCGUUUGUCAUCGCAAAUGCUUCUGAAAUUGAAAAAAAAAUUGGACAGAAUAAAGUUUUAACACUGGAUCUUGCCGGCCAAUACUCUGAACUGGAAAGAACCGGCCAAUUCCGGUUUACACCACCCACGCAUUUGUUGCUGGCAUUCAAAGAAGCUUUGUUAGAACUUGAAGACGAAGGAGGGUUAGAAAAGAGAAUUAAAAGAUUCCAAGAGAACGCAUCUGUUCUAAAACAAGGAAUGAACAAAUUGGGAUUUAAACCACAAGUUUUAAGCCAAGAUAACUCGCAACGUCAUAUCGUGACGUCAUUUCAGUAUCCCGAAAACCCCAGAUUUGUAUACGGGGACUUUAUAGAUCGGUUGGACAGACGUGGUUUUCAGUUGCCCGCUGAGCGAACCAACAUUAAAGGUUGUUUUCGAGUUGGUACAAUCGGUAAUAUAAAACCAGAAGAUGUAAAAAUGCUCGUGGACGGAAUCGAAGACGUUUGUGGCGAAAUGGACAUAAAAACACCUUUGUAUUAAACACGAAUAUUUGUUAUUGUAUAAAGUAAACGAAGCGCAAGUAAAUUUUGCCAUUUGG